CGUCACUCCCGACGGGGCGGAGAUGGAGAAGGAGUAACAAAGCCGGGGAGGAGACUGAUGAGAGCCGUGUCGGGCGUCAAAGGAGUGGAGGAGAAACCCCGCUUCGAGAAAGAAGGAAGGCAGGGGCUGAGAUGCCGAAGGCCAUGGAGAAGUCCCAGAACUUCCGCAUCGACGCCCUGCUAGCCGAAGAGCCCCGCGCCUCCUCGCAGAGCCCUCCCGCCGCCUUCGUGCCCAAGCCCGGCUUGCUGAGCCUGUCCCCGCCGGGCCUCUACGCGCCCGCGCUCUUCCCGCUGCCCGCCUUGACGGGGCAGGCCCACCCGGCCCUCGCCUUCGCCGCCUUCCCGCACCUCCCUCCACCUCCCGUUGCCGAGCCCUUCAAGCUGGGCGCCUCCUUCCCGCUGGAGCAGUGGGUCCGAGCCGGGAUCCUGGCCCCACGCUUUCCCGACUUCCACGCUGGCCCACAGUCUGGCCUGAUGGGCAAAUGCCGUCGCCCUCGGACUGCCUUCACCAGCCAGCAACUUCUGGAGCUGGAGAACCAGUUCAAGAUCAACAAGUACUUAUCACGGCCCAAACGCUUUGAGGUGGCCACAUCACUGAUGCUUACCGAGACACAGGUGAAGAUCUGGUUUCAGAACCGCAGAAUGAAGUGGAAGCGGAGUCGGAAGGCCAAGGAGCAGGUGAUGGGAGCCGAGGCUGAGAAACAGAGAGGAGUCAGCAAGGGCUCAGAGAAACUGCUGCCUGGAGAAGUGCAAGGGCAGGAAAAUGAAGAAGAGGACAUUGAUGAGGAAUGUAGAAGGCAAAGGGCCAGCACACGCUUCCUGCACCACAACACCGAGACUUUCAGCUACAGCCCUGAUCCCUCAGGGUCAGAAGAGGAAGAAGAAGAAAUGCAGAGCAGCACCCACAGGGAGAGGAGCCAGCUGUUAUGAGGAGACCUCAGAAGCAGAGCAGCAAGAGUAUCUGGAAAUCAGCCUCAACCUAUCAAAACGCUGUUUGGUUUCCUUGUCCUGCUAACAGACUUUUAAAGAGACACUUCCUGGGCUGAUGCCCUGCUGAAACUGUGCCAAUUAAUUUAUGUGUGUUUGGAAUAUAUUUAUCUUGUAAUUGUUAGUGUACUGAGGUGGAAACCUAUCCUGGCAUUCCCCUUACAUUGGUAUAAAGACAUGUAUUUCAGAAUA